AUGAGCAGAAAGAAAUUGUCGAAUUCUCGAACAAUGAUAAAUCAUCGAAUAUUCUCCACAUAUUCCUUCAUUAUCUCAUGUAUUUAUAUGCUUCGAGUUGUUUUCGAAUUGGCUUCAACUUCUUCAGAUAUCGAUGUUCAAUGGCAAGGUAAACAAGUAAAAGAAGAAGAAGUUGAAGAAAAAAGUAGAUUGACAUUAUUAUUUUGUCAUGAAUAUGAAAUUGACAGCUCAACACUAUAGGGGAAAACUUUUUACGAAAAAGAAAAUCGAUCAAAUUAUUUUUUAAAGUUAGACAGUAUUUGGAUGUUCUUAGAAGCUCAAUGUGAAAAAUAUUUUAAUAAAAAUUCGGAAAGUUCAUAAGGCUUUAUCCAACUUCGGAGCUCCAAAAAGUGCUCACAACUUUUGGAUCGUGAUCACGUUCCCUUGCUGAGAAAAUCUUGUGUUUUUGAUUCAAAUUUCAAAUUACCCCCAAGUCACAUGAAUUGGUUCAAACACUGCGACAAACUUUUGCCUACAGUACUCCUUUUCAAAAUUAAUUUCUCAUUGAACUGAAAGGCUUCGUGGGUGUUCUUCCUAUCCUCCAAAUUAAAUUAAAUCCUAAUCAAUGUUCCUUUUUUCAGUCAGCGAAUGUCUAUUUGUGGUUUUUGGAGUUUUGAUCUCACUUGCAAUGCACAAUGCAUAUGAUGCGGUAAAUAUAAAAACUCCAAAAAAAUCCAAAACUUUUCAAGUUUUCAGAGAAUUUCGUUCAUCUCAAUUUUGUGGCUAAUUUGGAUGUUUUUCAACACAAUUCUGGCACUUUUCAUCGUUAAUUCGGAUAUUAUUCAACUUGUUAUUCGUCGUGUUGAAACAUCUCAAAGUCUUUCAAUAAUCGAUAUUUUGAAAGCUUGUGUUGAUGUUUUACAUUUCUUGAAUAUUCCAAUUUCCGUAAGAAUUAGCAAUCAGAAAGAAAGACAACUCAAGAGAACAAAAAUAAAUUGAAUAUUUUCAGCUCUACUUACUUUGUGUUUACAUGGUUUCAUCAAAAACUACCAAAAGACGACAAAUCAGAAGAAGAAAAAGGAAACAUUCGGAUAAAAGACCGAUUGUCAAAAAACAAUUCGAAGUUGCAAAUGUAUUCAUUGGAGAUGAAAUGGUUUAUUAUGUUUGA